AUGAUUUCGAAACUGGCAGAAAUGCUGUCCGAAGUGGGCAAUCAAGAGUUAAAUUUACCAAAAAUCCAAUAUGCAGAGAAACAGAUGGAAACUGCAGCUAAUCCAUCGAGAUUAGAACCUUUAAACGCGAAAGAUCUUUCUCGAGCACCACUAACAUCUGCUCAAAAACAGAUCUGGUUUUUCUGGAAACUGAAACCACACAGUUCGAUUUACAAUGUUCCAAUAGCUUCGAAAAUCAAUGGAUAA